AUGCAGCUUGCAACUGUUUCGUUUCUCCCCUUUGCACGGGUCCCCAUGAGGAAUGCGCCACCGGGCACACGCUGUGCUCACGAGGACGGACGCAAGGGAUGCGAGAGCAUGAGGCCUGGUUCUGGUCAGGGCGGCCUAAGCACGGAAGAAACCAAAAAACCAAAACGACCCAAAAAAACGGGAAGUCUAUUCGAGAGGUUCGUCCGCGCCUGCAGGAGAAAAUGGAAAAUCAAACGGUCUAGCACCAUCCACAACCCCUCCCGUCCCGACCAAGAGUAA